AUGACGGAAGAUGGCUUAGAAGAUUUGAUAAGUUUUCCUAAUUGGUCAGCAGAUGGUACCUUUAAAGUCAGUCCAUCAAUAUAUUAUCAGCUAUAUUAUAUCCAUAUCCAAGAAAGUACAUUUAGUAUUCCCAGAGUGUUUGCCCUUCUUCCAGGUAAGACAAACGAAACAUAUGUUCGUCUAUUUACAUAUUUGUUGCAACUCAGACUGCAACUUAAUCCAAAAUCUUUGUUGACAGAUUUUGAAUCAGGAGCUCGGAAAGGUUCUGUAGAAAAGUUUCCAGAAGUAACAAUAAAUUCAUGUCAUUUUCAUUUAUCUAAGUCUAUUUUAAAGAAAAUCUGUGACCUAGGAUUAAGACAACGGUAUAAAGAAGAUGAAGUAUUCAUUUUGAAAAUUAGAUGUUUUCCCGCAUUAUCAUUUUUUCCUUUAAUUGACGUUGUCGGCGGUUUUAUUGACUUGUCCGAAUUUUGA